CGGGGAUAUUUUUUGGUGGACUGGUCUAUGACCACAAUUGGCUCUGUUAUGUUCAUGUACAUAUUUCAUGUCACAAUUCUCAUACCAUAUCUCAUGAAAAACCGAAAACCAUUUGACUUAAAGAAAAUUAUCAUUGCGUACGACGUGUUACUGGUGGCGAUAAACGCCUAUUUCUGGUUCUAUGCGUUGGGACACAUCGCCGAUAUGUGGGACUUCCGUAACCCUAAGACCGAUACCUCAGACAAAGCCAUUCAGUUCAUAAAUACGGCUCAUUUGUAUUACUUGUCUAAACUGAUCGACUUAUUGGACACAUAUUUUAUGGCAUUAAAGAAAAAGAACUCGCACAUUUCUGUUCUCCAUGUCUGGCAUCACGUAUCAGUUCCAGCAGCAGGGUGGGCGUAUAUGAAAUAUAAUCCAUAUAUGCCCACAGAAUACAUGUUCCCACUAUUGAAUGGCUUCAUUCACGUCGUAAUGUACGGCUACUAUGCGUUGGCAGCGCUGGGACCCCAGUACCAGAAAUAUUUGUGGUGGAAAAAGUACAUCACCCAGAUGCAAUUGAUACAAAUGACAAUUGCUUUCGUUUGGUUUAAUCUUGUCUACUUGAAGUCCACUGAUAUCCCGGCUGGUUAUCACGCAUCCAAUAUAGGCAAUGCAACGGCCCUGUUCCUAUUAUUUCUAAAUUUUUAUAUACAAGCUUAUAGGAAAGAAAAUAAGCAAAUUAAAGCUCAAUAA